GUAAAAGCCACCCUCGCGCACCUCCUCGACCCGAGUCCAUUGCUAUACAGCCGCGGAUGGGUCGAUCGAGGCGUCGAUACGAAUUUUUCUCAGCAUCACGAUGCAGUCUUUGCUUGCUUUCCUUCUCUUCCCCCUCCUCGCCGUCGCCCAAUACCACGAGCAGCUAGUACUUCGACCACUACCCCUAUCCGCACUGCUCGCCAGUUUUAACUUCCGCGCCAACACGACCAUCGCGGACUUUGAAGCCCACAACUAUCGACUUUUCCCGCGCUCCCUUGCGCAAAUUUUACAACAUGCUGGCACUCGCGAGUUGCAUUUGAGGUUCGGGCUUGGGCGGUGGGACGCUGAGAGCUGGGGCGCCCGGCCUUGGGAUGGCACUCGAGAGGGCGGCACUGGUGUUGAGCUGUGGGCAUGGCUUGAUGCGAGCACAGAUGAGGAGGCCGACCGCAAAUGGUUAACGUUGACAAAUGCUCUGUCUGGUCUUUUUUGCGCCUCUCUCAACUUUAUCGACGGCACACGAACUACCCGACCUGUCAUGUCUUUUCAGCCCGAGGGUGACCACCCUAACGUCACGGCUGCCAACAUGCAUCUCCUCUAUGGCACUCUUCCCCGCGAAGUUGUUUGCACGGAGAACCUUACCCCCUUUUUGAAGCUGCUGCCGUGCAAGGGAAAGGCCGGCAUUGCUUCUCUGCUGGAUGGCCAUAAGCUCUUUGAUGCAUCUUGGCAGAGCAUGGCGAUUGACGUCAGACCCGUCUGUGGUGAGGAUGGUGAUUGCGUUUUGGAGAUUGAGCAGACCAUUGACAUGGUUCUGGACUUGGACAGGGCGAAGCGACCUCGUGAUAACCCAAUCCCUCGCCCUCCCCCGAGCGAGGAGCUCAAAUGCGACACCACCAAGGAGUACCACGAUGAACACACCUGCUUCCCCGCAGACUACACCGCCCACCAGGAUUGGACUUUGUCAAAGGUGUUUGGGCGGUCGAUGCAGGGCUCAUGCCCGCUGGCGAACAGCGAUGUACCCCCAGUAUGCAUGCAAAUCCCCGAAAGCCGCAGUGUGUACACCUCCCAAGGCGUCCAUGAGAUCAAAAACCCCGACGGGCGGUCACGAUGCUUCAAGGUUGAUGACGGCGCUCUGGUCGAGCUUGUACUUGUCGAGCCGAACCAGGAAUCUGCCGCCCAUCCGGAAUCGCCCGGAGCUGAUUUCGAAUCCAGGGGCUUGCUCAAGCCCGAGGUUCCAGGUCUGUAUGCUGAGCGCAGCUUGACUGGCCAUGGCGCUGAACGCGGUGGCGUGCAGACCAUUUUCACCAACCCGAGUCCGGACAAGGAGAUUGAGUUUGUUUACAUGGAGAGCCUGCCUUGGUUCAUGCGCAUUUACCUACACACUCUGACGGCCCGAGUCGCAGAUUCGGAGAUUGACUCAAGGGGAUCGACUGUCUCGGCUGGCCGGGCCCGAGCCAAAGGAGACAAGAAGGUGCUACAGGAGAUUUACUAUCGACCGGCACUCGAUCGCGCACGUGGGUCACAGCUUGAGGUGCGCAUGCGCGUCCCUCCGGCCUCGACAGUCUUUCUCACGUACGACUUUGAGAAGUCAAUUUUGAGGUACACAGAAUACCCGCCCGACGCCAACAGGGGUUUUGACGUAGCAUCUGCCGUCGUGACCAUCCUAAACGGCAGCCAAUCAACUUCCCCGUCCUCGAGGAACGCCAACCUCAGGACUGCGUCGGUACUUCUCAGCCUACCAACACCCGACUUUAGCAUGCCGUACAACGUAAUUAUCCUGUCUAGUACUGCUAUAGCAUUAGGAUUCGGCGGCUUGUUCAAUAUCCUUGUGAGGAGGUUCGUCGGCGCAGACGAAGUUCCUCGGGUGAGGGGUCUAGCAUUAUUGACGCAAAGGAUUAAACGCAAGUUUGGGACGAGGGCAGUGGCGAGUGAAGUGGCGAGGGAAGCUACUGGCGAGGACAGCGCUCCUGAUUUGGUUUCUGCAGGGGAAUCAGUUACCGAUGUUAGGCAACAAGCGUUGACAUGAUCGUCUCGUCAUGUAGUCGUUAGAACCGGCUUUUUUGCAGAUAAGUUGAAAAUAAUGAGAAAAACUAGCUUUGGUC